AUGUCGUCUACCCCAUCGUUCAUCCUCAUGGUGACCGCCUUGAUGCUGAACCAAGUAGCAUCUGGGUUUCAACCCACAUGUUCCAGAUGGAUGCCAAAUCACCCACGCAUACACCCAUUAUCCAUGGUGGCAACCACCGAAGUCGUGGCAUCAGGAGGAUCCUCAUCUGCCUUGGGGAGAUGGGAGGAAGUGGAAGGAAACUUUGUCCUGAGGCCAUCCGUAGAGGAUGGUCCUCCCAGGGCACUUGUCCAUUUCCUUGGUGGCGCCUUGGUUGGUGCGGCACCACAUGUCACGUACCGAUAUCUUUUGGAGCGAUUAGCGGAACAAGGAUAUCUCAUUGUGGCAACACCCCAUGAUUUGUCCUUUGAUCAUUUGCAAACAUGCGAUACAAUCAUUGCACGCUUUGAACGGAUAGCUCCCACGCUGGCUCGAACCUAUGGGGCACUGCCAGUGGUGGGCAUUGGACAUUCUCUGGGAUCUUUGCUACACCUACUCAUUACCAGUCUAUUUCCCGAUACACCCCGAGCAGCCAAUGCGCUCUUGAGUUUCAACAAUAAACCAGUCCAAGAAGCUGUCCCACUUUUUGAAGAAUUCUUUGCUCCCUUGUGCACAGUGAUGGCGCAAAAGAAUGGUACUGUGCCCAGCGGUGCCGAGGCUAUCACCUUGGGAUUGAGACUUGCCAAGACAGCCACAGAAGGGAAACUACCAUCAGAUGAGCUAGUGGGAGAAGUCCUCUCCUUUUUGCAACCAAGAGGUCCGUUCAUGAAAAAUUCCGAAACAGAACUACCCAAAAUCACCAUUCCAGCUGAGGCACGACAAGCCUUUGAAGCCAUCUCGGGUCCAUCCACUUCCACAUUGAGGAAUGCAGGUGUGCUACCCCUUAUGACGAACUCUGUAGUGAUCCUGGAGCAGAUUCCUUUACUGAUCGAAGAGGUUGCCAACGGAGCAAGAGACUUUGUUCCCCCACCCGACUCGGUGCGAGAAGCCGUACGAAAAGCAUACCGUGCACGGAGAACUUUGAUUCUGGAAUACACUGAUGAUUCUUUGGACGAAUCCGAUGAGAUUGAGGACCUAUUGAAGGAAGCAGAGCGAGUCAUUCGGAUGAAACGGCCUAUGGUCAAUAUUGAUCUGCAACGCAGAACACUAGAGGGCAACCAUGCGACACCACUCCUAGCGCCGCCCAUGGACUUGGCUGUUAGGGCAGAAGACGUGCUUGGUGCGGAAACCGCUAAGGACCGACUAUUCUAUGAUCAGGCCGAUCGGACCGUGGAAGAGUUGGUGGCAUGGCUUGAAGAAGGCAACUUGUAA